AUGUCUGGCGCUCGAUACGACUACAUCAGAGUGCCCACUGCUUACAACAACGUCGGCUUCGUAGCCAACGACUUGGUGGAUUACGGAGAGUACGACGGGAGCCUGCAAAGGAGCCUCUCCGGGUUCUCUGAUGACACGGCUUCCUUAGGUUCUCCGACGACGUAUGCAGUGUCCCCAAGCCUAGACAGCUUUAACCACGACUUCGACUCGUCUCACUACUCCAGUCGUCAAGUGCCAAUACCAAGGUCUACUGCAUCCACGACGAGUGGAACUUACACGGCCCAUUGGACGGACGCAACAAGCCCCCAGUACAAAACCACGUACAAUUCUCAACCAGCGACGGGCUCCAUCAACAUACAACCAAGCAGUAUCAUGUCAACCCCGUCACCCGAGUACGUCUGCCUCUACGACGGCUGCCGGCAGAAGGCCUUCCGGCGGUCGGCCGACCUAGACCGGCACAUCAAGCACGUGCACCUGAAGCCUCCGGACGUGUACUUCUGCGACUACAACCGCUGCCCGCGGAGCGAGAAGGCGGUGGCCGCACGGUCACCUCGCCCACCUCCCCCGGCGGCCGGCGCCGGCGCGGGCGCGGCGGGGAUCGGCGCCUUCGGCCGCAAGGACCACUGCCGCGCGCACUACCGCGACUACCACCGCGAGGACCUGUGCCGGCGCAACGGCAAGGAGGCGGCGGGGUGGUUCGACGACCGCAACAUCUCGAGCAGCUGGUGGCGGUGCACAAAGUGCCUGCGCAAGGUGUCGUAUUCGCGCUGCGGCUGGGAGUGCCGCGACUGCGGGCAGAUGCUGGAGCCGGAGCGCAUCAACGCGCGCAAGAGGAGGAUGGGCAGCAAGGGGUCGUCGUCAUCGUCGUCGAGGGGUUACUGA